AUGUCCGCCGCACCACGUGAUCCUCCGUUCAGAGCGGAGCACUUGGGCUCCCUCCUUCGUCCCUCCAAGCUCCUAAACAAGCGUCAUGCCAUACAACAAAAGAAAGACAGCGAAGACGGCCUCCAGCCAUUGGAGGACGAGAGCAUUCGCGAGAUUGUACAGAUUCAGCUCGACUGCGGCUUUCGAGCAAUUAGCGAUGGCGAGUAUCGUAGGCAUAUGUUCUGGGGUACUUUCUUCCCGAGCCUCAACGGCAUGAAAGAGAUCUUUAACCCAGACCUCAAGAUCUUCCGUCAAUACGUUCCAGAUAUCGCAGCGUUCGUUGAAGCCGAGAAGGUGCCUGGAGAAAGCGUCAUAUGCGACGGCAAGAUCAGCCAUAGCGGCAAGAGCUCGUAUAUCGACCAGUUUGAAUUUCUCAAAAGCAUCACGCCGACGGACCGGCACGGCGAUAUCAAGAUGACGCUCGCGGCUCCGAACUGGUACCACUUGCGCUAUAUGGAAGGUAUGGCAUAUCCGAAGGAGGUAUAUCAGAACGACGACCAGUACUUCGCGGACAUUGCCAAAGCGUACCAGGCCGAGUUGAAAAUACUGUACGAUGCUGGGCUUCGCAACGCGCAGGUCGAUGACCCGAACCUUGCAUACUUCUGUUCGGAGAAGAUGAUAGAAGGUUGGAAGCAGGAUAACAACAACACGAGGACUAUCGACGAGCUCUUCGAUGCUUAUAUCGCUUUCUACAACGACUGUUUCCAGCGGCCAGCGGAUAUGCAUCUUGGGAUUCAUCUUUGCCGUGGCAACUUCGUCAAUAGCCGCCAUUUCUCCGAAGGUGGCUAUGACCGCAUAGCCCGCAAGCUCUUCCAUGAUUUGGAAGUUUCGACGUAUUACCUCGAAUACGACACCAGUCGCGCAGGGGGCUUCGAGCCGCUGAAGGAACUGCCGAAGAACAAGAACGUCAUCCUGGGUGUCAUUACCAGCAAGUUUCCAAAGCUCGAAGACAAAGAGGAGAUGAAGCAGCGAAUAUACAAGGCCGCAGAAUUCGUCGCGGCCGGUAGCGGUGAGAGCAAGGACGAAGCACUCCAAAGAUUGGGUGUCAGCCCUCAAUGUGGGUUCGCAAGCCAUGAGGACGGCAAUUUGCUGGAGUAUGAUGACAUGGUGAAAAAGCUGAAGCUGGUCCGACAGAUUGCGGACGAAAUCUGGCCAGGCCAACCCUGA